AAGCUGAUCGGCAAGGAACGGGUAUAUUCCAUCGUGGUUUCCCAGUAUAUCCGGGUGAUAUAUGGCUUGGGGGCCGAGGAGAAACCCCACUGGUCCAUAGUCAUCAUCACCGACGAGCGGAACUUGAAGGGGCGCAUGUACCAGAUUGUCACUGGCAGCCCCGGGAGCAUACGCAAUGGGACAACUUGGGAGCUCGCUACCAGCGACAAGGCGUCCUUGUACAAGUCCUCCAAAUGUCUUGGAGGUGUCCGCAUCGGGAGCGUCAGAGAGGGGCAGAUGGAUAGCCUGAACAAAGAAAUCCGUCGAAACAUCCCGGUGCCGAAGUCCAAGGACUGGAACUGCCGUGAUUGGGUCAUGGAGUGCAUCGAGAUUAUGCAGGAAAAUGGAUGGGCGGACCACAGACUCCGGCGUCAGGAGGACUUGUUUCCUGCGAUGAAGCAAGCAAGC